GGGCUGUAAAACUGGCCAGCAUCCUUAAAGGAGCUGUUCAAGGACAAUGAGAAACAUCAGAGUUUGGAUGAUGGAUGACAGGAUGCGGCCGAGCCUGAAGACAACAUGAACGCACAAACAAGCAUGGGAAUAAAGCUCAGACUCUGUCCACGGUGCACUAAUAAAGGAGAGGUCCGGCGAGAGCAUCCGACCCAGCAGAGAGUCACACAGCCGACAGAACCGCAGCCAGUCUGGCAUCUGACACCGUUUGGCUCCUUGGCCCUAUUUCUGCCUCUGAACUGAGCAGAAAAAAUACAAAACAAACGACAAAAAAAGUGUUUGGGGAGCUGAAAUAUAGAGACGGCACUUGUUGCGCUCCUCGUCAGGUAAACCUCCACACAUUGGCAGCCUAAAGCGCGCAUUGGAGAGCCUGGUGCGCACAUGGCACCGAAUACGCACAACUCGCUCUGCUGACAGCCGCAACAUGGAUCCACACACUGGAUAAUGAGGCCUUUCUGCUGUCUGGGCGCAUAACUUCUUUCACAACACAAUUGAAGUUAGGAUUUUCCUCUUAUAUUAAAUUUUUUUCCUUCAUUUUUUUUUUUUUGGAACAUUUGUGCGUAAAAAAAAGGAGAGGAAGCGUCAUGCUGGGCUUAAACAGGAUUCUCAGCCUCCGGGCGGCUCGGAUUCAGCGAUGUGGUUCUCCGGGAGUCAGACUCUCAUCCCGGUCUUCUUCGUGCCAGAACGCCGGUGCCGGUUCGAGGAUUUAUUGUGCGUGUCUGUUGCUGCUGCUGCUGGUGACGCCUCGGGUGGACUCUUCGUGGUGGUAUAUUGGUGCGCUAGGGGCUCGUGUAAUCUGUGACAACAUCCCAGGCCUCGUGAACAAGCAGCGGCAGCUCUGCCAGCGCCACCCUGACAUAAUGCAGGCCAUCGGCGAGGGCACCAAGGAGUGGAUCAGAGAGUGCCAGCACCAGUUCAGACACCAUCGGUGGAACUGCAGCACGCUGGACCGCGACCACACCGUCUUUGGACGUGUCCUGUUACGGAGCAGCCGUGAAGCAGCAUUCGUCUACGCCAUCUCCUCGGCAGGAGUGGUUUAUGCGCUCACUCGAGCCUGCAGCCAGGGGGAGCUGAAAACGUGCAACUGUGACCCACAUAAACGAGGACGAUCUAGCGAUGAGAGGGGAGAGUUUGACUGGGGUGGGUGCAGCGAUAAUAUCAACUACGGGAUAAAGUUCGCAAAGGCGUUCAUAGAUGCCAAAGAGAAAACUGUCCGUGAUGCCCGUGCACUCAUGAACCUGCACAACAACCGCUGUGGCAGAACUGCAGUGAAGCGUUUCAUGAAGCUGGAAUGUAAAUGUCAUGGAGUGAGCGGCUCAUGCACGCUGCGGACAUGUUGGAUGGCCAUGUCUGACUUCAGGAAGACUGGCGACUACCUGCGCAGGAAAUACAACGGGGCCAUCGAGGUGACGAUGAAUCAAGAUGGGACAGGUUUCGCUGUAGCUAACAAAGCCUUCAGGAAGGCCACCAAAAAUGACCUGGUCUACUUUGAGAACUCUCCGGAUUACUGCCUGCAAGACAAAGCAGCAGGUUCCUUGGGCACGGCUGGACGGGUCUGCAACAAGACGUCGCGCGGCACAGAUGGCUGCGAGGUCAUGUGCUGUGGGCGUGGAUACGACACCACGAGAGUCAAGCAAAUCACCAAGUGCGAGUGCAAGUUCAAAUGGUGCUGCGCUGUGGAGUGUAAGGACUGUGAGGAAGCUGUGGACAUACACACAUGCAAAGCCCCCAAACGAGCAGAAUGGUUGGACCAGACCUGAGGAAGAAGCCCCCUCUGCUCCCCGUAAUGCAACCCCACCCCUUUCCCCUUUGCAGGACAUCCUGUGGAACAUGGCAUUCUGGGAAGGUUUAUCCAAAAGUGCUCUGCAUCUCCGCCCUCCCGUUCCCCCACCUCGACUCAUUGCAUGGCUUUUCUACCUGUCUCUGAGAAAGCACUAGAAUUCAGUACCCAUCAAUAUGAAUUAAUACCCAUUAGCCCCUGUUUGAGAACGGCCCUGUGACUGAACUGCCGGGAUCAGACGAACAGUGACACCGGUGAAACCACUUUGGGGUUCGGGUUGGAUUCGGCUUUUUAUCAAAGAUUCAGUCCAGACGGCCUUUUUUCUAGCACGUGGCUCUGGGUAAAAAAAAAAUGGUUUGCUGCUUUCAUGAUGCUUUAAAGACAAAUUUUUACAUUAACUGAGCCUUCAAACAUAUCCAGUAUUAUUACAACAACAUCAUAUACUCACGUAAUUUAGUUUCAUUUUUGGGGGGAAAUACACUUAUCUACCAAAAAGAACACAUGGUUGGACUUUGGGAAGGAGCUUGGUAAGUGCAAUUUGAGAAGUGGACAUCUAAGUUUGGCUGUGUGAAGUCAAACAGUCCUGGCAGAGGACAACCAGAGGAAAGGGAGAUGGACACCAGAUGAAUAAAUGGAUGGAUGCAUCAUUGGAACUUUGCAUAUAACUGUAAAACAAAAAGAACAAAAAAAAAAAAAAACCCCAAAGAAAGCUGUUUAAAGUGAUUUAUUUAAAUUGUAAUGUGUUGUUUCAUUUCUCAUCUGUGGAUGAGACUGCACUACAUUGGCCGGCACGAGGAGAGAGAAGAGCGUUCCCAUUACUGUGAUUUUACUCUAGUUUUCAGUGUGUGAGAUGAUGAACUGCUGCUGAGAAGAUGACAAAGAAAAAACUGUGGCCUUGAUGGUCAUUUAGUCAAACAUAACCAUGACAUCCGACAGGUUUCACUUCUCUGCUCUCCAGCUUGCUUGUAUAACAUUGUGUAUAUUGCCUUAUCUAAACAGAUGUUCAUAUGAAAUAUAUGGUGCAUUAGUAUGA